UUUGAUGCCAUGGAGGUUCAAGGGGUAGAAGAAAACAGAGAUGAUUUUUACAUGAGGUUCCAAGAUUCAGGACAAUCAGAAAGUUCGAAUCAACAAACAGAUGUGGACAUCAAACCCCCACCAAAUGGGCAUUUGAGUUUCCAGGACUGCUUCGUGACAUCAGGAGUAUGGAAUGUUACAGAGCUGGUGAGAGUUUCGCAAACACCUGUUGCUACAGCAUCUGGUCCAAACUUCUCAUUGGCUGAUCUUGAUAGUCCUGGUUACUACAAUAUUAACCAGGUGACCCUUGGACGACGUUCAUUAACAUCUCCUCCUUCUACUAGUUCUAAUAAACGUCCCAAAUCAAUAGAUGACAGUGAACUGGAAAGUCCAGUAGAUGAUGUAUUUUACCCUGGGACGGGACGUUCCCCAGCACCUGGUAGCAGCCAGUCCAGUGGUUGGCCAAAUGAUGUUAAUGCAGGACCUGCUUCUCUUAAGAAGCCAGGAAAGUUCGAUUUCUACAGUGCCCUAUCCUGUCAGACAAGCUCCCCGAGAAUGGCUUUCACCCACCAUCCGCUGCCUGUCCUAGCAGGAGUCAGACCAGGUAGUCCUCGUGCGUCAGCAUCUGCCCUGCAUUUUCCAUCAUCAUCUAUCAUCCAACAACCUAGCCCUUACUUCACACAUCCAACCAUCCGCUACCAUCACCAUACAGGCCAGGACCCUUUGAAAGAGUUUGUCCAGUUUGUGUGUUCAGAUGGAUCUGGCCAGGGCACAGGGCAGGUGAGGAUCUCACAUCCCAACGGUAGUGGCCAGGGCAAGGUCGCUGGGUCAUUUUUGCUGCCGCCACCACCUCCAGUGGCCAGACCAGUUCCCCUUCCUAUGCCCGAUUCAAAAUCCAUCAGCACUACCCCAGACGGCGGAUCCACGACGCCUACAUCGCCUUCAUUCUCAGCGCCAAGUUCCUCCUCUGCCAACCGGUUUGUCGGCAUCGGACCCCGGGACGGCAACUUUCUAAACAUCCCGCAGCAGUCUCAGUCUUGGUUCCUCUAACAAGAUCAUAAUGGAGAAGCCACAGAACAGCAUUCUUUAUUCAGGGCCUUCACUGAGCUUUUUGCCCUGGACAGGGGAAACCUCCCGCAGACACUAAAUAAAAAUAAUAAAGAAACAUAAAAACAAGAAAAGGAAAACAAAGCCAGAUGAACUUAAGAGGAAACAAUCUAGAACUGGGAAAACUUUCUGUAUUCAAGAUGGAAAACUUCAGACAACCAGUACUGAACUCACAUAUGUGCACAUGUACACACAUCUGGGAAACGUAUCAAAAAAGGUCUUCAGUCGCAGACAACAAACAUCUCUGAUUGACAUCAUAUACCAUAAAGACUGCAGUUAGAUAUGUGAUCUUUGUUUGACAGGGGCAAGCUUUUCAGUGCACUGCUGUGAAGGCUUCUAUGCAAGGGUUUUUUUUUUUUUUUUUGUUUAUUUUUUUUUGGGUGAUCUCUUCAUAUCUUCAGUUCUAAGGAAAAUGUUCUCAACAAUACAAAUAUUCCCUCAUUAACAUGAAGUGUACUUGUGGUAAUACACAGAACUGUGCAAUAGUCAGUGAACUUUGUCUAUUAAUUUCCAUUAGAAUGCCACUGCACAAGAGGGAUCUAAUGACAUGCAGAUGUUAUGACAUUAUGUCCUUUCUUUCCUCCAGGAAGUAUCUUUAAAAUCCAGGCAUAUAUCUAAAGCAAUCUACUUAUAAUGGUUUUCUUUCUUCUGCUUGGGUACAACUGCAGCCUGUAGUCCCCAUACAAGAAGGUCAAGGAUGAUUUUCCCCUUUGAAACUUCAUCUGGGUCCACUGAUGUUUGCUUAGGAAAAAUAUGGCCUGAAUGAGAAUGCAUGCCCUCCAGGAUACGAGUAAGCAUCUUCUUCAUUAUAUCCCACCUUUCAUGGUUGCCAUUUAGGACAAGUUGGGGAUCAAAAUAACAAGCAAACAAAACAUGCUUAAUCACUAAAAUGCCUUCUUUCCACUUGUCAAACAUGGUGGAGACAAGUUUUCACAGUCCAAGGCCCGUUGCCAUUGCUGUGCAUGUUGCAUGUCACUGUUGGUAUGCAAAAAUAAUUUUCUAGCUAAGGCUUUCAGAAAAUCCCUCCAAAGUAACAUGAAUGCAGAGCAAGGGCUAGAUGUUGUAAGAAUGUGGGUGCUAGAAGCCUUUAUAUUUUCCACAGUAUAAGGGUCCUCUCCUGUUCCAGGUCCCCAACAGGGACAAACUUAAGGAGAAAAGGUACUGCAGAUGAUAACCACUCUGCCAGUUUCCAGCAAGAGAAUUAUGGCUGUUUUUUAUGGUUUACCUUCAUGUGUGACGUUUGCACACAGGCGAACAGCAAAUGUUCGUAAGGACAUUUGCAAAGUUUGCAAACGUUGAACGCAAAAAGGUUUGAAUGUGCAAUGAGUGAAUGCACAGUGACAUUUGCUCAUUGCAGAUUCGGCAUUUUGGGGUGGAUUGCACUAUAGUGGGAAUCGGAAAAUGGUCCCUUUCCCCACUGUAGUGCAAUCUCAGAGUUAGAAUAUUUUUUCCGACAUUUAUGUUCGAAAAUCAGCGAAUCUGCAUUUCAAUUUGCCAAUUUUCGAACAUUGGAAACUGUCGCGGUUUUGUUUUUCGAAGUUACGAUUCGCUCAUAUGAGCAAUUGCACGAGUAUGCUUCACCUUUGUAAAGGUAAACCAUUUUUUAUUGCAGUCUUCAGUUUGUAGCUUCAGUGCUACUACUGAUGUUGUGAAUGUUUAAAAGCAAAGAUGACAGGCAGAGGGUACAUUGUAAUUUGACUUAAAAGACAUUUUGGAACACUGGAAAUACAAACUUGUCAUAAAGGCAAUAUCAGUUCAUGCUCAUUCAGAAAUUAAGAGCCAGAAAGGCAAUUUCUUUUAGGUGAAUAUAUCUGUUUGAUGUUUCACCUAUAAGUCAUUUGUUAUCAAAAUAGUACUCCAGAGAAAUGAUUGUUGUGUGUGUCUGUGUUUGCCUGUAUGUGUACGUGUGUGGCUCUCUGUAUGUUUGUAUGUGUGUGGUCUAAAAGGAAGUAGCCAGGUCAGCUAAGACAGACAUCACAACAUACUGGCAGAUGACUGCUGUAAUAAUGCCUUUCUUUGUAUUCUUUUUUUUUUUUUCUUUCUGCCCUCUUGGGGCAAUUGUAAAACCUCUUGCACUAUGUUAUUUUUUUUCUUAAAGUACUUGCCUCAUUAAAAAGAAAAGAAAAAAAAAACUUACAUUUAUAUCUGGAACAUAGUACACUUGACCUGCUAACAUACAUAGUCCUUUUAAAAGAUAGGCCUUGUACCAGCCCUGAUUCUGGUGGAUUUUAAACUAUUCACAAAACUGUUUUCCCUGUGUAUACAGUGCUUAUGCAGCUGCAAAAGUGUAUUUUUUUCUUACAGGGACUUCAACAAUAGCAUCACUGUCUUGUAGUUUCAGGUCUUUCUAUGCACUUCCUUGAGUAGUUUGUGGUGCUGCAAACAUGAGAGUCAGUAGUCUUCUACAGGUUUUGGUACAAUCCGCCACUUUUUGAACCUGGUUGCUACCAUCACCUUGCAGAAAAUCUUUGUUCUAUUUAAGCAGGACAUUCUCUAAAGAGAAAAAAGAAAAAAUAUUCAUCAGAUUUGGAUGCUAAAAAUGCAUAAAAUCUAUUUUCUGUGAAUGUGUUUUUUAGUGUCAGUGAAAAUUAGAUGGUCAGUCUAUUUGUGUUACUGUAACCAAUAUCAUGAUGGCCUUCAAGCAAAAUAUAUUUCAUUUCAUAAAAUUAAACAUUAAAAAAGUCAUUGCUUAGAAACAA